AACCCCAUUGCUCUCUCUCUCUCGCUCUCUCUCUCUCUCUAGAAGUGUCAUUGUUUGUUUUUGUAGUAGGGUAGCUAGUGAGAGAAAAUGGCUGGUGCGAGUGUAGGUGUGGUCUGCAUUGUGUCUCUUAUCUCACUUUUGUCACUUGCUGAGGCUAGAAUCCCAGGGGUUUACUCCGGCGGUGAUUGGCAAAGCGCUCAUGCCACCUUCUACGGCGGCUCCGACGCUUCAGGCACCAUGGGUGGAGCAUGUGGGUACGGUAACCUGUAUAGCCAAGGCUAUGGCGUGAACACAGCAGCACUGAGUACCGCACUAUUCAACAACGGCCUGAGCUGCGGGGCUUGCUUUGAGAUCAAAUGUGCCAACGACCCGACGUGGUGUCACUCCGGCAGCCCAUCCAUCUUGGUCACCGCCACCAACUUCUGCCCUCCCAACUACGCACUACCCAACGACAAUGGCGGCUGGUGCAACCCUCCUCGCCCACAUUUCGACCUCGCCAUGCCCAUGUUUCUCAAGAUCGCCGAGUACCGUGCCGGAAUUGUCCCCGUCGCUUUCCGCCGGGUGCCAUGCCGGAAGCAAGGAGGAAUAAGGUUCACAAUCAACGGUUUCCGAUACUUCAACCUAGUUCUGAUCACCAAUGUUGCCGGCGCAGGGGACAUCGUGAGGGUGAGCGUGAAAGGCGCGAAAACAGAGUGGAUGAGCAUGAGUCGGAACUGGGGACAGAAUUGGCAAUCCAAUGCGGUGUUGGCCGGCCAGUCCCUCUCGUUCCGGGUCACCGGCAGUGACCGCCGCACUUCCACCUCGUGGAACAUCGUCCCCGCCAACUGGCAAUUUGGUCAAACCUUCUCCGGCAAGAACUUCAGAGUUUGAGUAUUUUGAAAAGUUUCUUGCCACAUAAAAUUUGUUUUUAUUUUUAUACCCAUUUAGCGACAUUUUUUAAAAUGUUUUCAGUGUAAUGUAUUAUUAGUCUGUGGUUGAUGGGGGAAUGUGAAAAUUGAAAGCAAAAUUGGAGUGGGAUGGGAGAGAUUUUGAAGAGAAGUGUGAGUACUUUUAUUUUAUUGGUUGUGAGUAUUAUGAUUGUAAGGGGGAGGGAGGGUAUAAGUGAGAAGGACUUGUUGGUAAAAUGGAGCUGAGGCGGUUACAGAAAGAAAAAUGUAGCCCGCAGCUCUUUUGAAAGUUUACACUAACUUGGUGUAAGUUA